AUGGUGAAGCUGAGUUGUAUGGCAAACCUCCUGGCUCUCCAUAACCUGACAAAUGACUUUGCUGACUAUCCACCGGAUCUACUGCUCUUCUAUGAGAUGCAGCCUCCUCCAUGCAGCCAGAUUCUCCCAUGUGGACUGGGUAGGGGAGAUGGGAAGAAGGGGAAAGCUUUGGACCUCAGUGGCAACUUAACAACAAUUUGCAUUUCUGACAGCUUGAGAAAAGUGGACAGAGCCAAGUGCCGAGCGUUUGUCAGCAGGGCCUCCCAGGGGAACCUUAACCUCCUGUCUGGAUUGUCUGCUCAGAAGAGGGAGUUACUGAACAUGUCCCUGGCUUGUCUGGGACAUCCAGGUACCAAUCUGAGCAAAGAGCACCUGAGCACCUUGGGUGGCUUGGUCUGUGACAUGGAACCAGCUGUCAUUCUGGACUCAGACCCCCACAUCCUGGACAACCUGAAACUCUGCUCCCAGCUUACAGCAGGACAGCGGGAAGCCCUCAAUGAGCUCCUUCACAGUGGGGCCACGUCAGUGGGGGCUCCUGGAUCCUGGAAUCUUGACAGACUUUGGAGUCUUGGAUCCCUGGCAUUUUAUGUAAAUGCUACUCUAUGGAAGAUGGUGAAUAAGGAGGUGAGUAAGGAUUUCUUUCGGGGUGUAGUCACUAGAUACCAAGCAGGAAGCUUGCCAAAGAACCGUGUCCAGAGCUUUGUUGAUUCCUACCUUGCUCAGGAACUGUCACUGUCAAGAGCCAACCGGGAGGCAGGGUUGUCGCUGAGGAACAAGUCUCACUUCCUCUCUUCAUCUGCCUCUUGGACCCCAGGAAGAAGAUGCAAUCGUGGAAAUAUCACAGCUCAGGUGCUCCAGGAUGAAUUGUUCAUGGUCCGUUAUGACUGCACACAGCUCAAGUCUUGCUUGGGAACCAAGGUCCUGAAAGCUAACCUCAACCCACUGCUCCAGCACCCUCUGCCAAGAGAGUGCCAACGUGUUGUCAAGGGGAAACUCAGUGAGAUCUAUCCAGGGGGUGUACCAGAGGACCAAUUGAAGCUGAUUGCCUCUUUGGUCUACUUGUACUCCAAUGAUGAAAUCAGUCGUUGGAACAUCACAUCUGGGGACACCGUGGUGGCUUUGCUGGGCUCUGAUGUAGCUAUGGAAAACCAGACUCAGGCUGUCAUCAAGAAAUACCUGGAGUUGAAUGGCACUGUGACAGGGGCCCUGCUGGUGGCCAUUGGUGGCUUCCGUCUCUGUUGGAUGAGCCCAUGGCAGAUCGAAGCAAUACGGCCUGUGGAGUUGAGGCGGGCAGGGGCCCUGGACAUCUCCUCCUGUGCUCAAGAGAGGAAGGAUGACCUAUAUGAGAAAGCCAAGGAGGCCUUUUCUGGGUCCAAUGGCACAAUCACCUACUACCGCUACAUCCAACCCUACCUGUGUGGUGCACCUGUUGAAGACCUGAAGUACCUGGCUCGGGACAAUAUUUCUAUGGACAUUGACACCUUCACAAGUCUCAAUCCAGAGGUGCUGCAGAACCUGAGUCUCAGCAUCGUGGCAAAAUUACUUGGACGAAACGUGGCCGACCUUCGGAAGGCCCGGAGCAACCCAGCUGUAAACUCUUGGCUCCAAAAUCAGAACCAGUCAGCUCUGGAGGCCCUGGGGUUCGAUCGGACCCCAGAACAGCUACACCACGGCUCUUCCACCACUGGGAAGCCUCUCUCUGCAUGGGUCACUAACAAAGGGCACAGCUCCUCUGCUUCACCAAGUGGGCAUGCCACUCACUCCCCUACCUCUGGCUGCUGCGUCCUGACACCUUUCUGCCUCCUCAAUGCCUUUGGCCUUCCGAUAGGCCUUAUCUUACUCAUGAAGCUCCUUUGA